CCACUCCAAAAGGCAUGCUUACAAGUUUCGAAACUGGUCUCGAGAAGCUCCCCGUUCAAAUGAAGCUCGGACCUUGUGUUUCAAACUGCAGCACUGUCAGCUCGUGAAAAUGCUACAGUGACGGCGUGCUUUAAAGGCGGAUGGAUAAAAUCUGGUGGCGUGCCCAUGGCCGAGAUCCUCUCCGACUCCCGGAAGCAAGCAAGCCCCGGCGACACGUCAAAAGCCCCACUGCCCUUACCCUAGCGGGGGCAAAGCUUUUGGCAGAAGCAACGCCCGCCCAAAGCAAAGCAGGAACAAGGCUUUGCAGCUACCAGACUUCGAACCGGAGCGGAGCCAGCCACCCACGAGAACAAGCAACAACAAAGAGCCGGCCAUCUCUCUCUUGAUCCCUUGCUUGCUUGCAAGCACGUCGUCGCCGGUUCACACCGAUCGCUGGCCGCAGCCUAGCCAGCCGGAUGGGCGGCGGCGGCGGCGUGGUGCCGCCGCUGACGGCGUCGUGGCGGGCGGUGGCCGCGGCGGCGCUGGCGCUGUGGCUGGUCCCGGUGGUCCUGGCGCUGGCGCUCCUCUGGCUGCCGUUGCUCUGCUGCGCCGUCGCCGCCGUCCGCUUCCGGCGGGUCCGGAAGUCGCGUGGCAGCGGCGGGCGAGGGGGGUCGUGGCGGGAGGAGAUCACGGUCGAUGACGCCGGCGAUCAGGCGCGGCUGCUGCACCGGUACCUCCGCGACCAGAUGGAGCUCGUCGUCGCCGGGGCCGGCGCGGGGGACCUGCUGGAGGAGCUCCCUGUUCAGUAGUGCCGAAAAAUUACUUUCCUUUCGGUUUGCAGUUUCUAGUUCUAGGAUGUUACUUACAUGUGUGAUAGCUGAUCGCCUGAUCGGAGCUGCCAGAUGCUUGACCGGAGAACUCCCUUGUGGCUGGGCCGGUGGAGCAUCAGGAGCGAUUUCUUUGAUGAGAUCUCGUUUCUUGCUUCCGCACAAGAUUUCAGGCGGAGCAAAGAUGAGUUGUUGACUUGCAGUUCUUUCUGCUAGUACGUAAUACGGAGACAAUGAGGCAUGGGCUUGAACCAGCCUUCUACUUUCUUUUCU